CAAAGGGUGGUUCCGAGAUAGAUUCUCUCAAUUGCCUAUAUGUAACUUUAUAUUGUUCAUUUACCAAUUUCUACACUCUAGCCCAGAGUCAACCAAACCUACCCUGUUGAAUUAUUAAUUCCAACUGGAUCUGCCAGCUAGCAUGCUAAUGGUCGUUCCCAGCUGCAAUUUCCUGGUGUCAAAGUACGGAUGUUUUACUAGUCUGGGCCAGUCCAAUAGAUCAUACCAUCACGUGCCAUGGUGGAACCCAUACUCCACCAGACCAACCCAGCCCAGCUGGGCCCCGCUUCGUCCCUGGGAAAGAGUUCACCUACUGCCCUCCUUCUUUUCUGCUUCUGAUUCUGCUCGUAGUACUCUAACAUGCAAGCUUCCUACAGAUUAGCCAUGCUCGGAUCUCAUCUCCAGACCCUGGCGGUGCCAACUCCGGAGUUUCCGAUGCUAUCAACAGAAGAAAGAAGCCUUUACGAUGGGAAAACUUACUAUGCUAGUCGUGGUACAGGUAGUGGCUGCUCUGUUCCAUUGAGCCUGCUCAAUGGCCUCAACCAGCGCAACUACUCCCACCUUCAAACCAUCUCCGCAGCCAUCACCAAGGUGCAACACUUGAGAGGAAUCCAGAGUACGUCGAGGGAGUAUUUGAACAACCCAGAAGGCAAGGUUCACAAGAUCACCAAGAUUGUUCGUGAAUUCUUUGGUGUCACAGUUGGAUAUGUGGUUGUAGAUGGCUUGCUGGUCCUCGAGAAAGAGUUCCACUCCUGGCUCCAGGAACCAGUAUACAUCUGCGAACUGCUAGACGAUAGGGAUGGGGAGGAGAGAGAAGGAGAAGUUGUGGGAUACGAAGAGAUUGCCUCGACUCUCGAUAAGGUCAAAUUUGCCCCUGUUGUGGUACUACAACACCCAUUCACUGAUGCAAAACUCCUCGUACAGAAUAUCAGACGGUUGAACACCUCGUGCUUGGUGUACGUACACUGCACUGACCAGCAUAACGGGACCAUCGAGUUCUCCGAUUGGAAUGUAGAUGGGUUAUUUUACUCGACUGAGUCGAAUUGGGCAGUGCUUAUCAGCAAGCUGCAACUCGACACCCAGAUCGACCUGGACCCUCAAUAUUUCACCGAGUUGGAAGAUUCUUUAAAGCGCAGGUUAGGGGACAGUUACGUGGACGCUGAAGUAGAAGAGCUAGUAGAGGUUUAGAGACACGGUAAAUAAAGCAUAUAGUAUGGACGAAACGAAUAAAUAUGAAUAGAUGAGGA